AUGUCUGAUGGUUCGGCAUCCAACCACGAAAAAAAUGUAAACAUAACUUUUAACGUGGUUGCUGUGUUAAUCAUCUCGUUGCUCACUAUUGCCUUGCUUGUUAUUGGUUAG